AUGGCGAGCAAUAACAAUUCAAUCUUAAUGGUAAAAUCUCUGUGGAUGACGCUUCUUCUCCUUCUUCUUCCAUCAGCUACACCAGUAAGAACUAACGACCUAGUUGCAGCCAUUGAAGAGAUGCAGCGAGCUAAUUACUUCACAUUUGUGAUGCUUAUCAAUAUGUGCCCACCAGACCCAAGACUUGAGGCCAAUGUUACUUUCUUGAUGCCCAAGGAUCAGAUGCUUGCAAAGAUGGCGAUGCCCGAACGAUCUGUUUCAGAUUUCUUGCUUCAUCAUUCGAUCCCUUCACCUUUGCUGCUCGAAACCCUAGAGAAAUUCCCCACAGGAACCACUGUUCCCAGUUCGUUACCGAACUAUAUGCUCAGAAUCACCAACAAUGGAAGGCGUAAUUUUGUUCUGAACAAUGUGAAGAUCAUUAGUCCCAAUAUUUGUGUUUCUGGGUCUUCCAUUCGAUGCCAUGGGAUUGAUGGGGUCUUGUCAGAAGUGGAUGUAUCAGCAAGAAACUCAUGUACUAGUAAUAAUAGCACAGAGGCUUCUUCUUCAUGUAUGGCUCCUUCUCCUUCAUCUUCGUCUCCUCCUUCUCCUUUUGCAGAAAACCAGGGUCCUCCUACAUUCACAGCCCCUAUUCCCAUUGAAGCAGAUUCUGGGACACAAAAUUCGGGAUCUUUUGAUGGAUCUCUGAGUUACUUUGUCUCCAUUUUGAUGUUGAUUUUCAUAGCUAUUAAUUUUUAA